UAAACGGUAAAUUGGAUUUGUUAUCAUUUCUCGUGUUACUCGAUUAAGUCAGCGGUGUGACUUAUCUUUAAAUAUGUUCGUUGGCCGCAUGUGUUGUAAGGCCACCCCAGUGUUUAUGUUUUUGGUCACUGGUUGUAUUAAUAAAGUUUCAUUUCUAAAAUGAGUUCAAGCAAAUUAUGUCAAUAUUGUUUUACGCCAUAGCUAUAUGUUUUGUUGUUAAUGUAAUCUUAUACUUUCAUUCUGGCAUUAGUGUUAUUUUAACUCUUUUAAUCGUUAUUUUGUUGAUAAUACUCUGCCAAGUUGUUAGAGUUCCUUUGAUUUUAAGUGUUAAAAGUUCGAGUGAUAUUUCAAAAAGUAAUUAUAGACAACUACGAGUAGAUAUGUCGAAUUCCGAAAGAAAUUUGAAUACUCCUGAAAGAAAUAAAUCUACAUUAGGUAUUGGACUGUUUAGUAAUUAUGAUUCAAGAUUAGGUCGUUCUAGACCGAGUUUAAAGACUAAUACGUCUCUAUCAGAAAACCACUCUGUUAGAUCUCCUAAUAGAACAAAUUCUAAAGUUACCAAACUUCAAAGUGAUGAAAAUUAUGUUUCUAAACAAACAGUUUCUUCAGUUGAAAAUGAUAUGCCCUCUCCUAUAAGGUCAGGUACAUCUCCAUUUCGUUCAACACCUCUUAGUUAUUCUAAAAGAUUUAAUAUAAAUCCUCAAUCCAGUAUUCAUAAUUCUCCUCGUAGCCUUAAUCAAUCAAGAUUAUUAUUAUUGGAAAACAAUUCUCCAUCACAGACACAGCAUACACCAGAUUCAUCGAUAAGGAGCUUAAAUUGUGAAGAAAUGAGUCCUUCUUCUUUCUCUAGCCGGAUGAUAACUGUUGCUAACCAAAUGGACAGUGAUCAAUUCCCUUGGAUAGCAUACAAUGGAUCAAUACCGAUGAUACUUUCUGAUUCCCAUAGGGCAUCUUCACCUGUUACAAAAGUCAGUUCACCUUCCACAAAUGCUAAUUCAUCAUUUAGGAGUAGAGUUCGAAUUAGAUUGAGUAAACCAAAUAAAAGUGAUACUUCUGCUUCAAACUCAAACAUAGAAAACUCAUCAAUGCUUGAUGAAUCUUCAACUACAAAAUCAGUUAUUCAAGUUCUUAAAGAAAUUGCUCGAAAAAGAUGCUUAGCCGCUGAAGAAGAAGAAGACGAUGGGCAACCACAAGCUAAGCGUCGUACUGAACAUAACUUGUAUCUGUCUCGUUUGGAAGGGGAAGAAGAGGAACAAGUUCCAUUAACAAAAUUAAGGUUGAACGGAGAAGAUGAACGAAUGAAGAGAACUCGAGAACCGGAUUGGGAUACUUCCAGUGUUUCAAAUCCUAAACGGCCUCGUAAAAGUUACAACUUUGUUAACAAUGAAAUCAUUUCAUCUCUUAGUUCAAGCAUUGGGCUUCAGACUUUUAAACAUUCUCAGAGAAAAAAAUCAACUAGGAAGAGUAUAGCAAUCCAAGUUCAGACUCUUGUUGCUGAAGAUAAUGUCACAGAAAAAAAAGAGAAAACAGAAAAACCUAGCGAACUCUCCAAACCACCUCCUAAGACAAGAGAUGCUGGAGUAGAAACUGAUCCUCUUCCUGAGCCAAGACCUAGAUCUCCAGUCAAAGAGAAAGUUGUUUCUGAUGUAAAGGGUAUUUUAAAAUCAGCAUUGAAGAAAUUUGAUAUUCAACCUUCAACAUCAGUUACUAAUGGAUCUGACAGUAUGGUUACGUCACCGAUUAAUAGUGUACCUCCAGCUUUACCUGAUCCACCAUCCAAAGUUUCAUCUUCAUCUAAUUUACUUACACCAUUUUCUUCUGCAAACCAGUCAGCUGCUGCAACUCCAAUAAACUCAGAAACAACAACUAAGAGUUCAUUUGGUUUAAAAACCUCUAAAAGUGCAUUAGAAUCUGUUUCUACUUUACCUAAUGCCUUUACCCAACCUGCAUCUGCUCCUCAAAUAACUUUUGGCAUACCAUCCACAUCAACAGAAAAAACAUCAGAAGCAGUGACAACCAAUGAAAAGAAGCAAGAAUCAUCACCCAAAGCUAAUGAUGAUAAAUUAGGAUUAAAAUCAGGGAACAAGGAUGUUUCUGGAAUGAAAUCAUCUUUCAAAUUUGGUGUUGGAUCGUCUGAUUCUAAUAUUGAGCCAUCAGUUUCGCAGCCUCAGGUGACUAGCUCUAGCCUGUUUAAUUUUAAGGCACCAGAUACUUCAGCUCCUAUUCAAGCAUCUAUACCUGCCCCAAGUUCAUCUGUUUUUACUUUUGGGACUCCCAAAACAUCAGAUACAUCUAAAGAUAAAAACAAAGAGGAACGAAAUUCUGUUUUUGGAAGUACACUAAGUACUCCUGUAACUUCAUCAAUCACACCAGCAACGUCAGCAGUACAACCUCCAAAUCCAUCUUUAUCUGCAGUAACUAGUACUUCAUCAGGACAAAAAGCUGAAUCAAACUCUUCUGUUUUUACUUUUCAAAAUAAUCCAUCUGAACCAGUUAAAUCCUCUAUAGAAGAUAAAAAAGAAACAGUGGCAUCCAAUAUCUUCAAUUUUGGUAAACCAGAAAAUAAGAUUACUCCUUCAAACAGCAAGCCUGAAGCUAAACAAUUUCAGUUUGGAAGUGGAGGGUUCUCUUUUGGUCAAGCAAGUAGUAAAGGAUUAAGUGGUAAUACUUCUAAUACUGCAGCUCCUCAGCCUGUUUCUACUACACCAUUAGCAACAACAAGUAAUACGGCAAUGCAACCGGUAUUUAGUUUUUCCUCUAGUUCUGCUAAAAAAGAUUCCAGUGCUGGCGGUUUCACUUUUAAUGCACCUGUAACAACUAGUAAUGAUCAAAAGAGUUUAUUCAAUUUCAAUACUUCCUCUAGUUUUGGUUCAACUUCUAAUUCUACUAAGUCUACAUUCCCAGCUUCUUUAUUUGGAAAUAAUUCAGAAAAUACUAAUACUUCAGUAUCCAGUACUGCCAAAGCUGGUAUUGUUCAAACUAGUAAUACAAGUGCUGUAACUACAACCUUUGGUAAUGCAACACGUAAAGCAGCUCCUACCUUUGGUUUAAGCACAACAACUUCCACUGCCCCAACAUUUGGAACCACUGCAACUUCCACUGCCCCAACAUUUGGAACCACUGCAACUUCCACUGCUCCAACAUUUGGAAGCUCAGGGACUUCCACUGCUCUAACAUUUGGAAGUACAUCGGCUACAACUGCUCCAACAUUUGGAAACACUACAGCUCCAACAUUUGGAAGCACAGCGGCUUCAGCAGCUCCUCCAACAUUUGGAAGCACAGUGACUUCAACGGCUCCUCCAACAUUUGGAAGCACUGCGGCUUCAACGGCUCCUCCAACAUUUGGAAGCACUGCAGCUUCAACAGCUCCAACAUUUGGAAGCACAGUGGCUUCAACAGCUCCAACUUUUGGAAGCACAGUGGCUUCAACAGCUCCAACAUUUGGAAGCACAGUAACCUCCACAGUUCCAACAUUUGGAAGCACAGAAGCUCCUAAAUCUGUAUUCGGCAAUGUGCCAAAUCAACCCUCAUUUGGAAAUCCAACCUCUAAUGCCCCAGUUUUUGGUAGUAACAUCACAACAAAUGAGACUAAUAAACCAUCACUUUUUGGAAAUAGUAGCACAAUCACUAGUACUCCAGCGUUUGGGACCUCGACUGGUAGUAGUACUGUUCCAACUUUUGGCAGUGUUGCUGCAGGCAAUAAUAAUAAUCCUCCUGCAUUUGGAAGUUCAAGCGGAACUUCUCAGCCUACAUUUGGAGGCUCAACUACUGGAGUGUCUAAUAACCCAACUUUUGGAAGUACUGGUACUAAUGCAAACAUGUCUACAUUUGGAAGCGGGGCUGGUUCUGCAUUUGGUAAUACUACAGUUGGUAAUACUUUUAGUAGUGCGACUACUGCCACCGGUACCAAUCCAUCACCUUUUGGUGCUUCCUCAGCUGGCCCUAGUGCUCCAAGUUUUAGUGGAACAAACAAUGUCCCAUCUUUUGGAGGUACACCAGCUUUUGGCAGUAGUUCUUCAGUACCAGCAUUUGGCUCUUCAUCUACUUCAACAUUUGGAAAUAGUGCAGCAGCAACUCCAGCUUUUGGAAAUCAGGCCCAGCCUAGUUUUGGUAGCCAGUCAGGAACAACAUUUGGCAAUUCUUCUACCUUUGGGCAGACAUCAAGUACUCCAGCUUUUGGUACCCAGAAUACCUUCAGCACCCAAAACACCACUACUCCAGCUUUUGGAUCCACUCCAGCUUUUGGCAGCAGUUCGACCAAUACUUUUGGAAGCACAUCAGUGCCAGGGUCUACACCUGCUUUUGGUGCAGCUCCAACACCAGCACCAGCUUUUGGAGCUUCUACAACUUUUGGAAACCAGGAAGCUAGCAAACCUUUCACCUUUAAUGCACCAGCCUCACAGCCAGCUCAGGCGGGAACCUUCAACUUCACUGCUCCACAACCGCCACAGCAAAGUUCAGGUGGUUUAUUUCAGUUUGGAGCUGGUUCUAGUGGUGCACCAACAAAUCAACCUUUCCAAUUUAAUGCAGCCCAAUCAAGUACUCCAGGUUUUACUGCAGGUUUUUCUCCUGGUGUUGGUGGAACUGGCCAACAAAUGUUCAGUAUCGGAAGUGGAAGUACAGCUCCGAGGCGCAUGACUGGAAGGCGAAAAAAAUAGUUGUGCAAAGUUAAACACUUUUUAAAGUGAUAUUUGAGUUCGAGUUACUCAUAAAUUUUUUAUAAGAAAUUUCGAAGGACAUUUUGUAUGUAAUAUAACUUUCCUACAUAGACUGAUGGAAAUUAAAAAGAGUUAUAUAUAUGAUAUAUAUUUAUGUAUGAUUGUAAGUAAAAGCUAUCCAAUUUUAUGAUAAAUGUAUAUUUGUUAUAAAAAAUUAUUGAAUAAUUGUUAUAUUUUUUCUUCUUUUUUUUUAAUAAAAGACUUAUUACUGUUGACUGUAAAAUAAAAUAAAAUGCUUAGUGAUUUAUUUAUUUUUCAAAUAGUAGCUCAUUUCUUAAGUAUAACGUAAUUUUAUAAAAAAUUUGUAUUUGAGUGAAAUUUUUGUGUUUUAUUUUAAAAUCAUUAUUAUUUUUGCCAUUAGUACUUGAAAUAUGGCUAAUUAUAUUCUAUAGCAGAAGUUGUUAAUCUAUGGACUCCCUGGGAACCCGCUAGGGUUGCUAUUUUACUAUAGCUUGACCGCUAUUAGUUAAGAGCCCAAGGGUGAACGCGUGCAACACAAAGAAAGUAGAAAAUUAUAUACUUUUUUCUUAAGUUUUUGAUAUUACUUACAAAAUAUUUAAAAAUGUAUACAUAAAUCUUUCAAUUUCUGUAAAUAUUUUGUAAGUAGUAACUGUGUUAGAGAUAAACAAAAUGCAAGUUUAAACUUAGGUGCUGCAAGAGUUCACCCUCAGGCUGCCAAUUAAUUGUGAUCGAACUAUAGUUAAUAACAUAACAGUGUUAAAUACCUAGCAUUGGGAUGGGUUAUACAAAUAAAAAUGUUCAUUUAUUAGUGUAAGAACCUCUCCUCCACAGUGAACCAUCUUAUAGCUAUGUGUUAACUAUUUAUCAAUAAAAUCCUGUAAUGUAUUUAAAUUAGAAAAAGGAGUUAAAAAAAUCUUGAUGAGCUAACUUCCUACCUUCAAGUCUUAGGAUUAUUUAUUUUAUGAAAUUUGAUGUAUAAUAAUAAAAAGGCUUAGCAAACUUAAAGGUUCUAUGCCAAUACCACUAACAGUCACUUAAUGACCCACUAAUUAUGAAUAGUUUCCGACUGCUCCAACACUCACUAGACAAACGCUCUAAACUUUCAAUUAAUUACAAAAGACUCAUCUACUUAACCAUAAUACGACCUAUAUGGACAUAUGGAGUUGAGCUUUGGGGCUCUACCAAACCAUCGAAUUCCUAUCAUAUCCAAUCCAAAAUCCUUAAUGCUCAAUAUUUUGUCACAAAUAAAACCAUUCAUAAAGACCUUAAUGCCCCAUGUGCCGCUGAUUUAGCCUGAUACCUAUCCUUUCAUGAUAAACUCCAGUCCCAUCCGAAUCCACUUGUUUCCAG